AUGGACUUGGACACCCGCAUAAAGUAUUGUCUCCAGAGAGCAAUGAGCAUGACUGCUGCACAGCUCUACGACAAAUACGUCGCGCCGUACGGAGUCCGACGACAGGCGAAGACAUCGGAAGACCUGGCAAGGGAUGCCUUCCAGGCCGGAACAGUUGUCAAUCAAAAACUUGUUGAGUUGUUCUCCUUAGCCUUGAAGAACCUAAUUGGUGUCAAAGGAGAGUUCGGUCCGAUGGGCGUCGAAGGAUUUCUUAAUCAGAAUGCAACGGGUGAAAAGCUGCGAGACCGCGAGAGUCAAAAACCGCUGGUGACGAGAAGGGGAAGGGGUAGAAGAACUGCCUGUUCACCUAAAAGUCUUCGAACUGCCAGUGCUGUGCCCAUAAAGCGCACGACGGUAGAGGCAAAUGAGCCCUUGGUAACGAGUGAAAAUUUUGAUGGCCCGCCUGGUUUCCCCUGGUGGCCCGCCAUGGUUGAUCUUGAUGCCUCCGGAAGGUACGCUCGCUUUGAUCCCAAGACGCACAUUGCCACACACUACAAUGUUAUCUUCCUUGACCCCUGCAAGUCUACCACCAAACUGCUACCUGCCAGCUCGCUUUGCAAAUUCACACAGAUGAAUAAGGCCGACGUUAUUCGCAAAGCAGGAAGGCACUCCAAGAAGGUAGCUGCUGCAUUCCAGGAGGCCGAAGAGGCCUUGAAAGUUUCGAUUGAGAUCAUUCAUUGCAGUCCGUCUCCUCCAACUUCCUGCUCCACGAGUACUUUGGACCUUGCGCAGUUCGUGGACCAAAAGCCCAAAGAAAGUGCGGUGUUUGAGACACGGAUGGAAAAUGAAAAAGUAGGCACGGCCGAGGUAAAUAUUGAUGAACUAAUGACGACAGUUCUUUAUGACACGCAGGACUGGUCAUCUGAACGAAUGUACCGGGCAUUUAUGCCCCAUCGCUAUUGUCCUCUUUCUCCCAUAGACCGAACUGUAAGUUAA